AUGGCGUCCAAAAGAAAGCGGACUGAGGCUGGUGGUAGUGCGGAAAUGAAGGUCCCGGAAACUACGAUUACAUUUACGUCCCGCAAGCCUGAAUGGGCGUACUUCCAUCUCGAAUUAGUAACUCAACCAUCCGAAUCUAGCCUUGAAUUCCUCGACCUCCUCACCGCAAAGACAUACCUCACCUCCGCCCUCUCUCAAUUCCUCGGCCUUUCCGGCACCGUCAUUCCCAUCGACAUCCUCAAAUUACAAACAGAAGAACUCCCCACCAGCCCCACAGUGGUAUCGAAGCGAAAAACCCGCAAUAUGUUAUGGAUCAGAGUUCCCCAUGAGGACGCUGCGGCAGUGACGGCAGCGGUGAUAUUUCAUCUAUACCGAAACCGCUCGGCAUAUCGCGUGUUUGGAUUCCUGAAGAGGGAGCUAAUUGUCUCCCUUGUUGAUGAGUCUGCGUUUGAAACCUUGGCAUCCAGCUUCAUGCGCAUGGCACGACAGUGUGCCACCUUGAAAACCAGGAUAUGGGACGCAUAG